GGUUGCAGGUGAGCCGAUCAAUGCGCCAAGAACUGGCGUUCUCAGUGCUCUCCCUCCACCCAUGUCUAACAACCUCAAGCGCCGACGCUUUCCCUCGUGUCUUUCUUACACGCAUUGGAAUACUGCCAUCAUGGCUAAGACUUAUUCGGAACUGGUUCGCGAUGAUCAUAACAUGAUCAUCCAGUGGCAAUGGCCACGCCAACGAGCCGAAUUUGCCAACUACCUCACGCGCGAAGCAAGCGCUAUUGAGCAGCUGGUCGCUCAUCAUCUGUCUCUCCGCCAACCCCGAGCAUGCAAAGUCGCUCCGCGGAGAGACUGGCUCUGUGGCUCCUUCAAUAUUUGCAUACCUGUUACCAUCAACGAUGACUACCGCGUGAUGUUUCGAUGCCCUUUGCCCUAUCGCUUCAAUUCGCCUACCUCUCCCAACAUGGCCAGCGAGAAGAUCCGAGGCGAGGCUGCCACAUUCGCCUGGCUGUCAUCGCACUGCCCAAAUGUGCCUAUUCCUCGAAUGUUGGGGUUUGGACUCCCUGGUGGCCGCUCGUUUACACCACUCGUACACACUUCCUGGAUCCGACGGGCGUACGAAUGGCUUCGCCGACAAAUGCGGAGGACUUUCUACAACGUUGAUUAUCGGCAACCUUUCCUGCCGUCUUCUAGCCCAGUGCUCCUCGACACGGGGUACUUAAUAACCGAUUUUAUCGAGCCCCGUCAAGGGCGGAUGCUCAGUACUAAGUGGCCCUCCUAAGAACCAGGUCACCGCUGGACACUCUUUCGUGGUCUUGCUAUGCUUUGAAAGUCGGAAAGAUGAAACUCACGAGCGUUGCAAUGGUUCUUGCCUGAAACUGCCCAAUUAGCGCAACCUGCGGUGCG